GUGAAGCUGGCGGCGAACAAAUCCUGAACCAUCAGGGCUGCUCGAUCAGUCUGUUAAGAGCAGUUCGUGCAUUAAUACAGAAACAGGAGCUAAGGGUUUUGGGUGUUGCUGUUCAGUUUCACUUUCUCGUUCGAUAAUGGGUGCUCUAGGGGCGAUAGUGCUGGCCAUCAUUGUGCGGAUGGUGGCGGCAAACACGAUGGAGGUGCACGUGAAUCAACCGAAUGCCGAGGUGUACCAUCGGCAGGAUAUGAAGCGAGGGGAAUUCGAUUACGGUUACCAUGUGCAGACAGUGAACAAUCAGUUCCAGCACAAGGUAAAGGGCCCGGAUGAUGUGACGUACGGUUGCUACGGCUACGUCGAUCCCUCCAACCGCAAGCACCUCGUGUACUAUGUCGCCGAUCGUAUGGGCUACCGGAUCAUCUUCCCGAACCGACCCACCAAGAUCUUCACCGCCAAGCUUGCCGACAGUUUGAACAAGCUGGACGGUGCUGUCAAGGGUAAGGACUACGACGAGCAGGUAGUAGAGUGGAACAAUCUCUACAUGCCCGAGUCUUGCUUCCGGUUGAACGAAAUUCUCGAACCUGCCGCCAGCAAUCAGGCCCCCGUGCAGAAGGUUGCUCCCGCGUCACCGACCGCUCCUACGACGACUCACGUGACGGCUCAACCAGCGGCGCCUGCAUUGCCUCAGCCAACGCAGUACACGAUUCCAACCACACCCCGCACAUACGUCGAUCUACACGGGGCAGGAUCGGUGGCUACCGAUCGCCACGUCGGCGAAAACGGGCUCGGCGAGCAGCAACCCCUGUACCCCGGUAUCUACGUGCAGGGCAAUAGCAACCACCAGCAGGGACAGGAGCGUCUCGAUCAAGGCGGCUACCAGAAUGCCGGCGGACAGCAGCAGCACCAGCAGCAGCAACCUCCCCAAGGCUGGAACCAGGGAUCGCUCCCGGACAUUAAUCCGGCCAACAUCAAUCUGGACCAGUUCAACGGGCACGUCUAUCCCAUCCACACCGGUGGUUACGCGGGCGAGGACCAGGGUGCAGCAGGCUACCAGCCCACGGCCGGCCAGUUUGCCGCCUCCUCCCAGUACAGCCUAAACAUUACGCAGCUCCUGGCCCAGAUCGAAGCAGUCAAUUCGCAGGUCAUCACGCUCAACAUGCUGCUGGCCGGCAUGGCGAACAAUCCGACGGCGUACAGCAACGCGAACGAAAACUCGUGCCGCAGCGUGGUCCAGCUGCUCAAGACGCAAAAGCGCACCCCGCAGCUUGUCUACGUGCCGAUCCUAAUCCCGUACGCCGAGGGACAGUACAACAUUAAUCAACCGAUCGCACCGCCGGCCCGGUCGGAAGCGUACCGAGGUCAGCAGACGAAGGGUGGAUGUCACAACUGUCGGGGCUGAUAAGCGCCGAAGCGUGGUUGUCUGUUGUGUUUCCUUUUUUUUGUGUGUCUGUUGCUGCUCGAAAAGGCAAUUAGACAGUGCUAAAGAGAGGGCUGGGAGGGUGGAGAUGUUAAUCGUUUCAUGCGUGAUGAUUAUGUGCGAAACGAGGCGGAAUGUUUAAUUCGUUGGUCGAGUGAUUGCGAACGCAACGAUGAAUGGGAACCGUGAAGCGGAUGACCGGGAAGGUAAUAAAUGAUGAUUACAGCAGCAAC